UAUCACUUAAAGUAUUUCGCGUGUCUUAAGAAAGUCGACGUAUAUUAGUGUGAUUGUGAGAACACAGAGGACGUGUGUGAAUCAGUGAUGUCAAAUAUAAAGUAAAUAUUAUAUUAAUCGUCAACAAAGACUCAAAUAGAUUUACUGUGUUCAGUAUUUCUUAGUUUAUAGAUAUUAACAAAAAUGACUGUGGAAGCGAGAAAACGCCAUAUAAAUGGCGAGUCAAGUAAAAACGGUGUUCUGGAAGAGACAACCGAUGCGACAGAACAAAAUUCAAAAUACUGGGACCCGUUAACGGAAGGGGUAAAGUGGAUAGAAAGAUACUCUGAACCUUUAGAGAAGUUCUUUGAGAGACUGCCAGAAUUUAUUAGCACUUUCAUUGCUACAUUUGCUAUAUUUACUUUAGGUGCUACAUUAAGGGGAGAAUGGGUGGUAAUUCUUGUAUCGGCGUUGAAGCAGUUCUCAGGUCACACACAAAGCAGCAAUGCUACUGCGACGGAUAUAUUCAAGCUGUUUACUGAACGGAAUCUUAAAAUGGAGAAUUUUGCUACCAUAUUUAUCGCCGCUCACUUUGUUUCAUUCAUUAUGUAUUUUGGUAUCGGUGGAUUUCUACAUUGGUACUUUUAUAUGAAUCGUCGACACCUUGCGCCUGAAUGGAAGAUUCAACCUACCAAAUGGCUCAGCCCUGAGCUGGAACGGCACGAGAUAUUGGUCGGGACUCUCUCCCUCGUCAUUACUGGCAGCUUCUCCGCUUUCCUUGCCACUUACAUUUACAAUGGCAACCCCUCAACUGUGUACUACCAAUUCGACGAGUACGGUUGGUGGUGGUUGUUCUUGCAAUUCCCAGUAAUCUUCAUUUAUGCUGAUUACACGACUUACAUUCUUCAUCGAUUGUAUCACACGCCCUUUUUAUAUAAGAAUUUCCACAAACUCCAUCACAAGUACAAGCAGCCGACUGCCUUCUCCGUCACCGCCAUACAUCCUGUAGAAAUCAUGCACAUACAACUGACGAUUUGUCUUCCACUGUUCCUGUUUCCAACCCACUGGUUACCUUUCUACAUUGUGGUAAUUUAUAAUUACUAUCAUGGUAUCAUCGACCAUUCGGGUAUUAACUUUAAGGCUCAAUGGUGGCAGCCUUGGCAGCCCGACGCAGACUUCCAUGACAAGCACCACGAAUUCUUCCAUUGCAACUUCGGAUUCAAUAUGUUUAUUUGGGAUAAACUUCAUGGAACGAUGAGAAAAUUAAACAGGGUUUACACCGAGGAAACAUAUCACGGGGAAGCACCAGACGUUGAUUCAGCUGAAGGAAUAGCUUUGAUGGAUCAGGACCCUGAAUUGAAAGAAUCCAUUGAAAAGGCUACUCUAAAUCACUCUUAAGAGUGAAAAAAAUUGAAUCCUCGAUUUUUUGUGAUUAGUUUAAUUUAAAUAAUUAUUGAUUAUCUGUUAUAGGCAGUAUUUAUUUGAAAUUAACUAUAUAGAAAAAUGACAGUAUAUUUAUGUAGCACUUAAAUUGGGAAAUGUCGUGAUUUCUGUUAGAGUAUUAGAUUAGUCAAGUGCUUAUAUUAAGUAUACAUAGAAAAUGCAAAAGCUUUAAGUUGAAAAGUACUUACUAAUAAUAUCACUAUAUUGAUAAAAAAUGCAUUAUAAUCUGUUGUAUGGUUUAAUAGAUCUCAAUGUGCAGACAGCAGGAAGUGAAAUGGUUUUAUACUAUGUAUAGAGAGAUAACACAAUCGAAGUUAGUAAACAAUGGACCUUGCUUGAAAGUAAUAAAGUUUUGAAGGAUUACUUGAUUUUACACUUACAACCUAUGAUAGUUAUUG